AGUGGGAGAAUCACGACGAGGAGGAGGAGGAGGAGGAGGAGGAUGACUGGUGUGAGCAUGCCGAGGACUUCUCCCAGCGGAUAGACGGGCAGUGUGCGGACUGACACAGAGCCUCGUCUACAAGGGACCCUCGGACAUCGCCUCGUGCACACGAUAAUGCUAUGAGGAGAAGGUCCAGAGAUGACUGAUGUGGAGCCUGUCGUCACUGACUUUGCCGCCACGGGUCGGACUGGCCGGCGAAAUGCCAUGCCGGAUAUCUUAGGAUCCACCGCAGGCCCCGGAGCAGCAGACCUGCCAAACAAACUUGCUGAGCUUUCUGUUGGAGAUGAUGGUGGUCAGGAAGGAGAGGGGUCAUCCUCAGGUGACCCGACCAAGGACGCGGGUGAGGACAAAGCAGAGGGAACAUAACUUCACUCAUUGCUACCCUGAACUGAACUCAAGAGAGGAGCCAAGACACCAGUGGUCUAUCAUGGUCUACCUCUUCUCUGAACCUAAUGACCAAUCUACUGUUAUGGCCACGCUCUGAGCUAUGCAAGGCCACUCUGAAGCAGGCCAGUGGAGGAGGAUGCCCAUCACCCAGCAGAGCCCCUUUGAAACCCCCCUUACUUUCAAAGGGCCAGCAAAUGGUUCAAAUUUCCUAUCUGGGUGACAUUGGUCUACAUCUGUGUCUCAAAAAGACAAAAGCAGCCAGUGCUUAAUAGUGGGCUGAAGUUCUUGUGGAAACAGAUAGGACAUUAUUUCCCUAGUUUAAAAAAGGGACCUCAUGAUUUAUUUACAGAAAUCGUCACUGAAUGUUGAUAUGUAGAUGUAAGAAUGUCCAAUUUUUUGCACAACAGAAGUCAAAACAUUCCAUUUGGUCAUGUAAGUACAAUUCUGACGUUUGGUUUGUGGUCAGCGCCACAGCAUCUACUUUGUGGGUUUUUUACUGUAAAAAUGUGCUUUGUUAAGAUUUUUGUGACAGGUACUUGUGUGAAGAUGUUUUUGUGUGUAAAUAUGGAGUACAUUAUGUCUACUGACUUUUCAUUGUCGGCUACUGUUGACUUGUGUCUGAUGUUGUACUGCUGAGACUGUAAACAUCAGUGUUGUUUGUUAAGUCAGUGUUAUGACUUGUCUGCGUUCAAGGCAUUUACGUUUUCCUCAGUGAUGUCAAUAGCAAAGCAAAAGAAAACAGUUCAAGGAAGAUGCUGUCGGUUUAGACUUUGAUCUAUUUUCCGUGUUCAUUCUCUGUGUUAACAUAGGUCUGUACACUUAAAGAAGAACCUGUGUGGAAUCUUGUUGUUUCUCUGUUAACUUUGCUCUGAAUCCACCUUAAUGUCCCUUGUAAGUUAUGUACAAAAUGCCAUGAUGCUGUAAAAUAAAUCCUGUACUUAGUUUU